UAUUUCCGGAAGUAAGUUGUUGUCUGUCUGUCAGACUUUCCAUAAGGACCACCCAACCUCAAAUCUAAAGCGCCGGGGCGACAGGUGUGUACUCAUCCACAGGAUGGCUCAUUGGUUUCACAGAAACCCACUGAAGGCAACAGCGCCCGUGUCCUUUAAUUUUUAUGGAGUGGCAGGGAGCCCCGCUGCCAACAAGAUAUGCAAUGACCUGAGGACUACCAGGGCCAGACUGCUGGAGAUGUUCACUGAUGUCACGUGCAACCCUGAGAUAAUGAAAAAUGCCACAGAUGCAUACUUCUCCCUCCUCCAAGGCUUUAUCAUCUCCUUGGAUGGAACUACACAGGAGAACAAGAUGAGGUUUAUCCAGAACUUCAAGUGGACUGACACCUUACAAGGAAACACACCAAGUGCCCAGCAGGAUGCAGUCUUUGAACUGGUCUCCAUGGCCUUCAAUGUAGCCCUCUGGUACACCAAGUUUGCCUCGAGACUAGCGGGGAAAGAAAACAUAACAGAGGCUGAAGCGAAAGAUGUUCACCGGAGCCUGAAAGUUGCUGCUGGUAUAUUCAAAACCCUCAAGGAAGUCCACAUCCCUCGUCUCAUCACCCCAGCCGAAAAGGGCCGAGAUCUGGAGCCCAGAGCCACUGAUGCAUAUAUCAUCCAGUGCCAAGCAGAGGCACAAGAAGUGACAAUUGCCAGAGCGAUUGAACUAAAGCACAACGCCACACUCAUCGCAGCACUGGCAUUUGAGACGGCAAACUUCUAUCAGAAAGCUGACCACACAUUGAACACCUUGGAGCCAGAGUGCAGUAGCAAAUGGAGGAAGUACCUUCAGCUGAAGCAGCACUUUUACAUGGCUUAUGCAUACUGCUAUCAUGGACAGACACUGCUGGCAAGUGACAAGUGUGGUGAGGCUAUAAGAUCUCUGCAGGAGGCAGAAAAGUGUUACUCCCGUGCCGAGGCACUGUGUAAAGAGUAUCGUCAGACCAAAGGCCCAGGAACCACAGCCAAACCAUCAGAGCAGCUGUUCUUCCUCAAACUGGGCGGCCUCAUUAAAAACACGCUGGAGAAGUGUCAGAGAGAAAAUGGCUUCAUAUACUUCCACAAGGUCCCAGCUGAGGCGCCUCAGCUGGAGCUGAAGGCGAGUUACGGCCUGGCUGAGCCAAUCCCCUUUGAGCUGCCGCCUCUCAGUGAGCAGUGCACUGCUGAAGUCUAUGCCACCUUUGACCUGACCAAGGGAGCCAAAAAUGACAAGGCCAAACCCAAGGAGGAGGAGGUGAAACCAGUGAAGGAGCCAGAUCUGAAGCCUCAGAAGGACACAGGCUGUGUCCUCUCCUAAACUCUUCGCACUCUCCACUUUUAGCCUCAUGCUUCAGUACCAUCUAUUGUAAUGAUGGCAUUCAUAUUUCUCUUUAUGUAAACCUCCAUAGGAAAAAUGUAUUUUUUUGUCAUAUUAAUCCAUGGUGUUUUAAAUUUAUGCUGUGUAUUGUAUUUGGGUAUUACAGCCAGUAUCCUAGCAUAUAAGCCAGAGCCAGUCAGCAGAAAUGAUGACUUUGAAUUAGGUCCUCACAUGUGGGAAUUACAAGUAAAACGAUGAUAAAUAAGCCUUAUUGGUAAAGUAGUCAUAUUAAUGGUGCCUUUGGCUGCAAUGUAAACCUGCUCACUGUGGCCUCUUGUACCCCUUUUCCACCAACAUGGAACUGGUUCCAUUCGGGUUCCUGUCCCUUUCGUUUGAACAGUUCAGCGAGCAGGCUCAGCGGGAAGCACAGUGACAGCUGCAUUCAAUGUAAUAUAGUUACCAAGUUAACUGCGCAGAUGGGGGAUCUGAAACAUUUUUUGCUGACACUAGAUAUUACACAAAAGCCAGAGACUGUGUCGCGUUAAGUUGCAGUGAGCUGUAAACUCACCACUUCUCAGCAGAAGAAAAGAGAUAAUGUUAUCUCAGAGCCUUAUGAUGCAGAGUCUCUCCUCAUCUCUGUUGCUGCAUCCCCAGCUACCUGUAACAAAGAGUAGCGUGAAAGCAAAGGGCGCUCACUCUGUAGCAAAAUCUGGGGGCCAAAACUCCCCCAGAAGUACACUGAACAACACACUGACUAGUAAAAAAAAAAAGACUGCUUGACAUGAAGCAAUCUCAGUCGAUUCAGGGGUCUCUGACUGAUGGUUCGAAUCUCCAACUUUAAGGGGGCAGCCCUAUAGUCCAUGCUUGUUUAUUGGAUAAAAACAAAUAUCUGUAAUAAUAGAACAAAGCUCACGGGUAAUCAAUGAGAUCCACCAUCUUGUUACCACUAACUACUGGUGAUGGCCAAAUGAAGCCUCAUGAAGCAUUGUCUUUGUUUUAUAAGCCUGCUAGAUGAUGCUUUUUGUUCAACAAAUGGUUGAAAGCACACUGAAUUGCCAUCCUUUGAGCCUCUUUCUUUAAACCCGAGAGCGCUGUCUAGUGGGCUCAUAAAAUAAAGAAAAUGCUUCAUGAGGCUUCAUUUGGCUAUCACUACUGUCUACGUCUGCUGUGCAUUGUGCAACACCAUCCAACCUCGAUGACAGUGUUGCCUCUCAAUACUGGUGGACCAAGGUUCCAAAAACCUGAACAGAACCGGUUCAAGAACGAGAACUGAUUUGGUGUAAAAGGGGUAUUACAGAAGUGUCUGGUUUUCACCUUUCUGGCCCUAGAGUGCUCUGGUCUAAUUAAAGAGGACUCAAAUAUCGGACACUAGCCUACUAAACAUGCUGAGAAACGGCCUCAAGAUAUGGAUCUAAACAAAGACACAGCAGAAAACUCCGGAAACUCACAAUCAGCCUGUAUCUUAAAAUACUGUUAGAUGAUUUGAAUGCAUUUCAACACAUGAUACUGAACAAAAUUGAAAUUUAAAUCAGUAGUGGACAGACAAAAAGAACAGGACUGCAUGUGUCAUUGCUGGUGCAUUUGGUUUAUAUUAGCUGUAGCAGUUUACAGUCAACACUUCAUUUGGAUCACAUGAUGUAUGUACUGUAGCUCUUUUUGUACAUGACACAACAUAGCUGUUUUUUUUUAACUUCUAUUCAUUUAAGAAAACUUUAUUACUGGAUCAAUCAUUCUAUAACAUGCCUAGGGAAUCUGUGAUAUAUCCCUGCUAGUAGUAGAUCUUAAUUUAUUUCUGUUGUUAUGUAAUGAUAUUUUAGUUGAAAGCACUUCUGACAGUAUACAGUUCUAUGUAAAUCAAAUCCUUUGUUUCAGGUGAUGUUGAUUUUAGCGUUUCAGUGGAUGCACCAGAACACCCACUAAUACAUACAGUAAAAUGCUUACAUCUGGGCCACACUGCCUGUGUGAGUAGCUUGUGACAGCUACCUCGCUGAACUGCUGCAGCUCUCAUGUGUAUGGUGUUCAGGAUUCCACACAGACAGUGUUGCUGCUGCAGAGCUGCCUGCUGCUCUGCCUUCCACAAUUAAAAGACAGUACUCUACUAAUUUAUGGAACCUGAAAGCCACUGCCUUGUCAGCACAUAUUUCACUUCACCUUUUAUCAACAAAUGAAGGGAUUCUGUCGACAGAAACAUUGUAAAAAACCUUUUAUUUUAAAACGGAAAUAGGGAACGUUGAGUUAAAAAGAUUAUAUUUAUCCAACUGUGACUGAUAAAGACAUUAAAACUGUAGUAAACUGUACGGUAUAAUUAUAAUAAUAUGAUUAUUAAAACACCAUUUUCACUUUAUAUUUUUGCUGAAACUGCAUGUUACACGGAAAAAAGGAGACAAGACUGCUGUUCUCCACUGAACAAAGAUGCUUACAUGCUUACGUACGUACAUGCUUACUUGUUAACAUAGGCACCAAAAACAAAUAAAAGAGGUUCUGUGACACACACGCACUGCUCUGCAGGCAGUGUGGCCUGGGCGUUACAAAUGUAAACUUUUCAAUUACUGAGAGAGUGCUGUUGUCAAUAGCUGACACAAUGUAUGUACACUACAUAUAUUGAGUGUUUCCUUUCCUUUAAGACAGAGAUUGGAGAAUGAGCAUUAUCAGAUGAAGUGUGGUGUCUUAAUUAUUUUAUGUGCUGCUGAAGAGCUACUCCAGCUGAUUGACUGACGCUGUCAAAACUCUCCCGCUUUGAAAAUAAAGUUGUGUCGGUUAAACUAUCAACUGCUGGAGACUUGCAUAUAUUGUAUUAUACUGCUCACAUGUACUCAUUUAUGCCCCUACAUGUAUAUUAGCUUCCCUGAGCUAGACUCCAACAGCAGUGAAAAGCAGACAAGCUGUCUUGCUGAAUUUAUUAUAGCACAUUGUAAAACUUUUGCACUUUAUGUUGAGUUGUGCAGGGGUUGCAGUGGGGAUCUGAUGGAGUUAUAAUAGCCAAGCCAUGUAAACAUUGUUCACUUUACGUGGAACAGCAAUUUAAAUAAUAAGAAAUCAGACCAAUGCUAGUCCUUUAUUCUUUCAAGGCAUCUGUUUAUGAAAAGGGUGUGUCCAUUCACUAUUCCACUGUUGUAGCUCAUUAUUCUUUCUCUAAUGGUGUCCUUCAUGUAAAAUGUAUUUCUAUAGCAGUAUUAAAUCAUCCGUAAAACUCCA